UUAAAAGGCUACCUCAUCUCAUGCCAUGACUUCUUCAAUAAUUCAAGAUUCCUUGCCAGUACUUAGGUGUGGCGUACUCAAAACUUCAACUGCUGCCAAGUGAUCAGAUUACUCUUCCUGUAUGUGGUAAUCCUCAAGGCUAUGGAUCUUGUAAAAAAAUGAUCUUGUGUCGACAGUAGUUUAUAACGUUUUACAGUAGAACAAAAGGCAGUCAAGCAAAAGUCAGUUGGCAUGUAAAAUGUAAACGAAACAUGAGAAUAUGAGCAGAUAAGCCAGCUCGAGACUGAAACCCUAACAGAUUGAUAAUACCUCAGAAGAUGUUCUUUACCUUCGCCUUGCCGCAAAAGAUUUGCUGCCAAGUUCGAGAACAAACAAAAGAAAACCAAACGUUGGAGUUGUUACUGCUGCAAGCAUUGUUGGUUUUGGGUUACUAAUGCUCGUGCUAUUGUUACUUAUUUGGAAGAACAAAUUCAAGUGUUGUGGUUUGCCUUUAUAUGACAUUAAAGAUAGUGCCGGUGGGAUUAUAGCCUUCAGAUACACUGAUUUAGUUCGUGCUACUAAAAGCUUCUCAGAAAAGCUGGGAGGAGGUGGUUUUGGUUCUGUAUACAAGGGAGUGUUAAGUGAUACGAAGACUCCUGUAGCAGUGAAAAAGCUUGACGGUGCCAGUCAAGGAGAGAAGCAAUUCAGGGCCGAGGUGAGCUCAAUUGAACUGAUCCAACAUAUUAACCUAGUCAAAUUGAUUGGUUUUUGCUGCGAAGGUGAUCACAGAUUACUUGUUUAUGAACACAUGUUAAAUGGGUCUCUUGAUGGUCAUCUAUUUAAGAAGAGAGAUAAUGCUUCUGUGCUAAGCUGGAACAAGAGAUAUCAGAUAACACUAGGAGUUGCCAGAGGGUUAUCCUACUUGCAUCAGAGUUGCCGCGAAUGCAUUAUACACUGUGAUGUUAAGCCAGAAAACAUACUUGUGGAUGCAGCAUUUGUUCCUAAGGUUGCAGACUUUGGGUUGGCAGCUUUUGUGGGAAGGGAUUUUAGCCGAAUUCUGACAACAUUCAGAGGAACUGCAGGUUAUCUUGCCCCGGAGUGGCUUAGUGGAGUUGCUAUUAUACCGAAAGUUGAUGUUUACGGAUUCGGCAUGGUACUGAUGGAGAUCAUAUCGGGAAGGAGGAAUUUCUCACCUGAAACAUCACACAAUACUAGCAGCAGCAGCAGCAGCAGCAGUUAUGAUGUUGAAUAUUUUCCUGUGCAAGCCAUCAGCAAGCUUCACAGUGGAGAUGUGCGGAGUUUGGUGGAUCCACAACUACAUGGUGACUUCAAUUUGGAAGAGGCUGAAAGGGUUUGCAAAGUUGCAUGCUGGUGCAUCCAAGAUAAUGAGUUUGAUCGGCCGAUGAUGGGUGAAGUGGUCCGUGUUCUCGAGGGUUUACAGGAGAUUGAUAUACCUCCGAUGCCAAGACUACUUGCAGCCAUAGUGAAACAUUCUGGUGCUGCACUUCAGUGUAAUAAUAAGUAGCAGUCGAUGCUACUAAUCUUUGUAAUUUCAGACAUUUUUUAAUUGUAGUAAUGUGGAGCAGAAGGAAUAAAGGAAGGCAAAGCUUGCAGCUACUAA